AUGUCGCAACGCCGCCAGCCCGAUAAUAAGGCGCCCCAGGACGUUGUGUUGCCUACCCCUUUUCUCCGCCGCGUCAGGAAUCACCAACUCUCUUCACCGGCCCAGGCUCGAGAUAAACCCAUUCAGCCGGAACCUCCCUCAGCAAACGGCCGGUGCACCCACUCCAGGAAUGGUUGCAAGACAAAAUGCGCCUUCGAGGCCGAGUUGGCUAGUUUCCGGUCUAUUACGGAUUCCGAGAGACACGGACUCUAUGAAUCUGUUUUCAAGGCUUUCGACGCCUUGUUAAGGGCCACCUCGCCUAGAAGGAAUCAGGCCGCUGGCCCCAAAUCACUAUUAGCCAUGUGCCUCCGAAAGGUUCCGGCUUACAUUGCAGGACUCGAAGAAUGGGAGAGGCGGGAGUCCGAGGAAAAUGGCACGAAAUCGGGCGUUCGAGGCGCCGGAGUGUCAUUCGAAAUCUAUUCGGAGCUGGAAUCGCUCGGCGCGGUGGAUGGGUGGAACCACCUAUGUUUGCUUCUGCGGGCUCAUGCCGUUGAAAUGAUCCAAGAUGCCGCAACUGAAGAUUUGCUGGAAGAUCCGGUGACAGGUCUGCUCAUACGGCUGUGCCUCGAGUACAUGCCACCAACGGAAUUCACUGGGCUCAUCGACACCUUCGUGAUCCGCCAGUACCCGAAGCCCUCCUCCGCCGACGAGGACCUCUUCGCUUCUCCCGCCCUUCAACCGCUCAGGACACUCAGGAGUUGUGACCCUUCAGGGAUUUCUACCUUACCCAGGAUAUUAGCCAAACUCCUUGCCGACGACUUGCUCCCGGCCAGCUGGGUAUUGAACAAGAGCUUUAUCGCUCUGUGGCCCGAAGCGGUUCGCCAUAUCACUCACACGAAGUCUUGCCAGAACACCCUAGACUUCGUCGUCGUCACCCUCGAGCUGCUUUGCACCCUUGCCUCGCCCAGGAAGCCGCGUGGCGUACCGCAAACACGGCUCCGUGGAAAAUCACAAACCACUCUAAUCAGCACCAUUGCCGCGCUCGGGUCUGUCAUCCUCCUCGGCGUGGAGGGAUGCAUCCAAACCCCUGAGACCGCCUCGUUCACCCGCGCCGCCACCCUCCGCCGCAGAAUAACAAACAUCACCACAGCCUGCUCAGCAAACCUCAAAAACCGCAAAACCCCCUCCCGCAAACUCGGCACCUACAUCCUCGCCCUCUGCGCCUUCCUCUCCACCUCUGACCCUCCCUCCACCCCCUCUCCCUCCGCACCAACCAUCGAAGCCGCCUGGAAGAACGUGCAGACCUGCCGCGGCAACCCGGCGCUCCUCCUGCAGUACGACGCCACUACCGCGCUCAUGAGCACCAUGGCCUGGCACUGCAGCCGCGGCACCGGCCUGCCGCCGCACUUUUAUCUGGCGCAGUUCUGCGACCGCCUGGAGGCGCUGGCCCUCCCGCCCGGCGCUCUCGCCAACAUGCGCGUCGACGGCGCGUUUCGUCUGGCAGAGAACACGGGCGAUCUGAGGGAUUUGGAGGUUGCGGAGGGGUUGUUGAGGGCGAGGCAGGCCGAGGCGGCGGUGGGCGGGUGUGUUACUCCGGGAAGAGGGGGUGGUUGGGUGGGGGUUGAGCAGAAGGGCAAGGGGAAGGUGGCGUCGUUCUCGGGGGUGCGUUGGGAUGAUGGGAUCAGCGAGUGGGUUGCUGCUACGCCGGGGACGGAGGUCCGUCCGGCUGGUGGCGAGAGGCGGUUGAGGUCGAGCGGGGUGGCACUGAGCGAGGAUGAGGCGGCCGAGGGGGACACGGGCGAUGACGCUUCAGAACCAGAAUCAGACAUGGAAGCUGACGAGGACGAUGUCGACGUCGAACUCGUAUCGUCACCCGAAGGCGACGAAACCGACCGAUCCGUUUCCAUGUCUGAAACAGACCACGACGAUGCCGCGCCAUCGCCCAACACCGAAACAUCACUUAUUCAAACAUGGACGCACCCCACCCACAUCCCGACGACACCAACACCAGCAACCGCAACGAUAACGCCGCCGGCAAGAUGCUCCCCCCCACCCCGUCCCGCACCCCCCACUCCCGCAGGCGGCUUCCUCGCCGCCCGCCCGCGCCGCCUCUUGCUCACCCGCCCCUUGUCGCGCGCAGGCGAUGAGCUGGCGUUUGACAACGGCACUGGGGAGAAGAGGGAGGAUGGGGAAGGGGGGAGUGGUGGAAAUGGGAGUGGGAGUAACUGGCUCAGGAGGAAGAAGCCCGCGCGGUUCCGCCCACAGGCUACUGCUGGUGGUCGCGGUGGUGCUGUUGCGGGUACUACUGUGACUACUGCGGCAGCGGCGGUGGUGAGGAAGAGGGUGGCGAGGGCGUCGUUGGUGUAUUUGCAGCCUGUUCGGGCGGGACAGAGGCGGAGGUCGGAGGGGUGGGGGGUUGGUGGGGAGGAGGGGGAGGGGAGUGAUGAUGAGUUGAGUCUGCUUUGA